UUAUAAAAAUCAAGUCACGGAGAAGACGACAAAGACCUAGACCUAUGCGAUGUCUUGGUCUUCCUUGAUUUUGUUUACAUACAUUAUAUGUACACAUAAUUAAACUAGGGUUGUCUAUGUGUAUAUUUACAUAUAGGCAGGAUUACAUUUCCUAGCCAUUUAAUUUGGAUCCGAUAAGGUAAAAAUAAUGGAUGAUCUGCACAAGAUUGCAAAGGCGUAUUACACCACUGCCAAUGAAGAGAGCAAAUCGCAAGGUAAAAGUUUUUUCAAGAGGAUGGAUCAUGACGGGAGUGGAGGAAUAACCAUUCAAGAGUACCUGGCAUACAUGAAGCGGGAACGUUACACAAAAAUGGCGAACCGUCCCUUUUUCGACUAUCUAAACAAAAGUAGAACUGGCGAACUAGAUUUUAUGGAAGUGAUGACUCUCUUCUACAUAAUUAAGAGUGGAAGAAAAAUUUGUGAUGGAUGCGGUGGGCUUCUAAAGGGAACGUUUUUCUCAUGCACCGACUGCUUUGCUAAUGAUGAUGAGUCCUUCAAUCUUUGCAGUAAAUGUUUUACUGAAAGAAAAUAUGUCCACCCCCACAAACAUUUUUUGGAUAACUAUAUUAUUCUUGAAAACAUGAAGGUGAAGCUUGAAGAAAAGGAGAAGAAGAUCAAGCAGAUGAAAGCUGCAAAGGUGAAGAUGGAAGCUGCACUGGCGAAACAUCAGGUCCCAGAUGCUAGCAACGCAAUUGUCUUGUAUAAUCAAAGGCGACCAGUGAGUUGAUUGGUUCUUAUAUAUCAUUUAGUAAUUAUUGUCCAGUCAAAUCUGCUAUUAUCCAAUAAGAAUAUAUCAUCAAACGAAACCCUCUACAUAAAAUAUAUUAGUAUAUACGAUCGGGUAGCUAAUUAAUUAUAUGUACAUAUA